AUGGUUGUCCAAGAACUCAAUCACCUAACUGACGCUACAAUCAGCCAUCAGCGGGUUCAAGUUAAAAGCAGCGCUACCAUGCAUUCUCCAUUUCUGAACAAUUUCAAUAAUCCGGUCCUAUGGGAAGACUAUCCGGACGUUGAUGUCAUCCGCGUCGGUGACGUGUUCUAUUACUCAUCUUCAACGUUUGCUUUCUCGCCAGGCGCGCCAGUCCUCAAGUCGUAUGAUCUUGUCUACUGGAGCCCAGUGACACACAGCGUUCCAACGCUAAACUUCGGAAGCAAAUACAACCUGAACAGCGCCACGGAUAGAGCUUAUGUCAAGGGCAUCUGGGCAAGCACAUUACAGUACCGGAAGUCAAAUGACAUGUUCUACUGGAUGGGAUGCGUCGAGUCCAGCAAAACAUUCGUCUGGAUAGCCAGCAACACCGGAGCCGCCCGGAACAACGGAGAAGUGGCCAAUUGGAAUUGGACAGCCCAAGGGACUUUGCCAAGGUGUUACUACGAUUGCGGUCUCCUGAUUGACGAUGAUGAUACGAUGUACAUCGCAUACGGCAACUCGAAGAUCAUGGUUGCCCAACUAAGUGCGGAUGGAACAAAAGAGGUGAAGUCACAGCAGGUAUUUGCGGCUCAAGACAACUCGUAUAUUGAGGGUUCACGCAUGUACAAGAUCAAAGGCGACUACUACAUCUUCGUUACCAAACCAGCCAGCGCUGAAUGGGUACUGAAAUCGAAAAGUCCCUGGGGACCGUUCGAAAGUAGGAUUUUGGUUGACAGCAUCGCUGGACCCAUCCCCAAUGCUGGAUUCGCCCACCAAGGUGGAGUUGUCGACACCAAAGAUGGAAAAUGGUACUACGUAGGAUUCAUGGAUGCAUAUCCCGGCGGUCGCAUUCCCGUUGUUGCACCACUGACUUGGUCGUCCGACGGAUGGCCACAACUUGUAAAGGACGGGAACUCGUGGGGCAAGUCGUACCCUAUGCCAGUGGAGACAACAAAAAAGGUGCCUCCCGUCGUGGGGACAGACAACUUCGAAGGCGCAGUUCUGAGUCCCGAGUGGGAAUGGAAUCACAACCCGGACAACUCGAAAUGGAAACUAGUCGGCGGUUCUGGGGGUCUUCUUUUGCAAACUGCAACUGUUACCAACGACCUGUUCACUGCUCGCAACACUCUUACACAUCGUAUCAUCGGCCCCAAGUCGAGCGGGACCUUCAGGAUCGAUAUCAGUCAGAUGAAAGACGGAGAUCGAGCAGGCACUGUUCUUUUCCGCGACGUAGCGGCCUACAUUGGAAUACACAAAGAAGGCUCAUCCUCCAAGCUGGUCAUGGUCAACAAUCUGAACUUAGAUUCGAAUUGGAAGACAGUUUCGACAGGCACAGUUGCGGCCACAGGCCCGACCCUUCCUUCCGGAACCACCGACUUAUGGCUCCGGAUCCAAGCCGAUAUUACGCCAGCAUUUUCCGGUACGAAUGCUCAACGGACUGCCACCUUUUGGUACAGUACGGAUGGUAGCAAGUACACCCAACUGGGCCCCGCAUUUACUUUAACGAAGACCUGGCAGUUCUUCACUGGAUACAGAUAUGGUGUGUUCAAUCAUGCAACAAAAUCCCUCGGAGGGGAGAUCAGGGUGAAGUCAUUCACCAUGCAGCCCCAGUAGGGCCUUAGAUGGUUAGCUUGUGUGUCCAUCGACGCAUAUAGCUUUUGGGCUAGCCUCUCCACGUAAUCCACGUAGACUGGUCACGGCAUUAAAUUCACAGUG